GAAGUAUGUCACCGGAGAUUUGUUCUCCUGUCCACGCGAUGAAUCCUUGGCCCACUGCAUCAGUGAAGACUGUCGCCUGGGAGCAGGCAUAGCGGUGAUGUUCAAGAAGAAGUUUGGUCGAGUCUCAGAGUUAAAGAAGCAGAAGAAGCUGCCGGGGCAGUGUGCUGUCCUGACACAUGAUCAACGUUUCAUCUACUAUCUGAUCACAAAGAAAAAAGCCAGCCAGAAACCCACGUAUGUCAACCUAAGACAGAGUCUGGAAGACAUGAAAUCUCACUGCUUAGAAAAUGGUGUCAAUAGGAUAUCAAUACCUCGGUUUGUAGAAACUACUGUGGAUAAAUAA